GAGACUUUGACCUUGUCUUGCGCAACAGUGCCCGGUUCCCCUCAUGGAAGUCGUGGUGACUGAGUAUAUAAAGCAGGAAAAUACUGAGAUGCACACUGUCAAUUGGAUCACCAAGAUGAAGACCUUAGUGCUGUUGUUGCUGGGAGCCAUCGUCGCCCAGGCAAAAGACGAGCGGUCGUACGUGUAUGAGUGCCGCGCCUUCGCCGAUUCUUACUUCAAUGGGGUUUAUCAUGACUUCAACGAGCCUGUCCCGUACCUCGACAGCUACGACUUCGACAACACGAUCGAGAGUGCGCGAGUAACUGGGGUGUGGCUGUUCUACGAUAACGUAGAGUACAACACCUACGAGUCUGGAAUGGUGCAUUACUCGUGGGGCCUUGACUACUCCGACACCUUCGACGGUGUGCAUAACAGGGUGUCGUCUCUGAGGUACGCCGGCAGCCAACUGGUGAUAAACGAGAACGGCUACAACCUGUACCACGGCACCUACUACACCGGAAAGCACCUGUACGAAACUAACGACAUCCCCGACCUGACGGUAUUCCAUCAGGACGUCACCUCCAUCAUUAUUAUCGGCCAAAGCUCUUGGACCUUCUGCGAAGGAACUUACUACACCGGAAAUUGUCAGUGUCUGUAUGCCACCCAGUACGACCAAAACACCCUCCACAGGUUGGAUGUAGGAUUUUAUCCGACGAUCCAUGACUACCCGGUGGGCCUGAGUCAGGUGAUGUCGGUGCACCAAGGCUGCGGUGGUGGUGGUGGUAGGGCUGCCUAGUUUGGGUGAGGCAUCCGCCCCCACCAACCCCGCCGCCGCCACCUUCCAGCCACACUGGUCCUGAACACCAACGAGGCGCCUCGCCCCUCCAUCGACCAUCAACAAAACCACCUUACAAAUUUACACGUGUCUGACAUGUGGCGGGGAGAGGCAGCGAGACGAUCAGUUCCACGCCCGCCCGCUAACAACGUUAAUGUUAUUUCUGCAAAUUGUUACUAAUAUGUUGUUAAGAGGUAUAACAUUUUGAUGACAUGCUUUAUAAUAUAAAGGAUGUCAUCGAUCCCGCUGAACACCAUAUUAUGGUGUUCAGUGGGAUCGAUGAGCCUCGGAGUAGCGUGUAUGCGGGAAUAUAUGUCAUCUUGGCUUCA